UUUUUUGAAGGCGGGUUUAUUUCCUUAAAAUGUAAAGCAUGCGUCUCACUCAUCUGUGUGCAUAGUAAACUGCUUGCUGCGUGUCUUCUGUCUGUCAAGCCCAAACUUGCAUCUCUAAAGGUGCACUCAAAAUUUGUCUGGCAUCUUCAACUUGAGUCAUCAUGACCGGGAACAAACUGAUCUCCUUUGGGAAGACACUGCUGAGACGUCGUGUGCUGGACAACAGUCAGGAUGAAACCCGAUUUUCUCGUUGUCUCACCACACUGGACCUCAUAGCCCUUGGCGUUGGAGCAACAUUGGGUGCAGGUGUCUAUGUCCUGGCAGGAGAAGUGGCCAGAGAGAAAGCUGGGCCUGCAAUUGUGCUUUCUUUCCUCAUUGCAGCAAUGUCUUCUGUCCUUGCCGGUUUGUGCUACGCCGAAUUCGGUGCACGGGUUCCCAAAACAGGAUCUGCUUACUUGUAUAGCUAUGUCACGGUUGGAGAAAUAUGGGCUUUUAUCACAGGAUGGAACUUGAUUCUGUCGUAUGUCAUAGGCACUGCUAGUGUGGCAAGAGCAUGGAGUUCAACUUUUGACAAUCUGGUGGAGAAAAAGAUCUCUAUUUUCUUCAAUGGCUCCAUGUCAAUUCCAAACACUGGAAACGUGUUAGCUGAGUAUCCCGACCUGUUUGCCUUCGUCCUGGUCAUAUUACUUACCGGACUACUGGCAUUCGGAGUGAGUGAGUCUGCACUUGUCACCAAGAUCUUCACAGGAGUCAACCUGCUGGUAUUGACAUUUGUCAUCAUAUCAGGUUUUGUGAAAGGCAACACCGCCAACUGGAAUCUUACUGUGGAGGAUUACAUUAAUAACACUAACAACUUAAAAACAGAAGAACAAAUAAAAAAAAACUUUGGUUCGGGAGGCUUUGCGCCCUUCGGCUUUAGCGGGAUCCUUUCUGGUGCUGCUACAUGCUUUUACGCCUUUGUUGGUUUUGACUGCAUUGCUACUACAAGCGAGGAGGCCAAAAACCCAAUGCGUUCCAUCCCAAUAGGCAUAGUGGCCUCUCUGCUCAUCUGCUUUUUUGCCUACUUUGGAGUUUCAGCAGCUCUUACCCUCAUGAUGCCCUAUUACUUGCUGGAUGUCCAGAGUCCUCUCCCCGAGGCCUUCAGUUAUGUAAACUGGGACCCUGCGCGCUAUAUAGUGGCUGUGGGUUCUCUGUGUGCGCUAUCUACCAGUUUAUUGGGCUCAAUGUUCCCCAUGCCUCGUGUGAUUUAUGCUAUGGCUGAGGACGGUUUGCUCUUUCGCUUCCUGUCCCGCAUGCACAAGAAAACCAAAACACCCAUGCUGGCCACCAUCGUGUCUGGCAUUAUAGCAGCUUUGAUGGCCUUUCUGUUUGAUCUCGCUGCCUUAGUAGACUUGAUGUCCAUUGGUACCCUGUUGGCAUACACUCUGGUCGCUGUGUGCGUGUUAAUUCUCCGCUACCAACCAGGCACUCUUGGCAUUGUUGUGGAUGCAAAGCAAGUGGAACUGCAGAAGCUGGAGGCAAAGGUACCCAUAGCAGAUGUGGAUAGCGGAGAUGAGUACGGUCAGGAAUUAGAGACCAAACCACUUAAGGAGAAGUUUCUCAUCAGACUGCUGCUGCAACCCAGCUCCGAUGUGCCAAACAAGACUUCGGGCCUUAUUGUUUAUUCUGCAACAGUCAUCAUUUCUGUGCUUUUCACAUUGCUGUGUGUGAUGCUGGCGGUUUGUGGGGAGCAGGUGGGGAAGGGCAGUCCUGUUCAUGUCACUGUGGUUGUGGUCCUAUCUAUUUUGUCCUUUAUCUGUAUCUUAAUUAUCUGGAGACAGCCUCAGAGCAAGGAUGCUCUCAGCUUUAAGGUCCCUUUGCUGCCCAUUCUGCCAUUGGUCAGCAUCUUUGUAAAUAUUUAUCUCAUGAUGCAAAUGGACGGACCUACAUGGAUUCGUUUCUCAGUGUGGAUGGCUAUUGGAUUCAUUAUUUAUUUUGCGUAUGGAAUAUGGAACAGCUCUGAAGCUAAAAAUAAUUCCCCACAAAAAUUCGAGCCCAUUCUUAAAGGAAAGAAAUCGAUGUAUCUGAAUGAAGAUGAGAGCGAAGUCGAAGGGGCCACACCGUAGGAAGUGAAACAACUAUUUUUUGUCAAAUGCCGCAGUAUCAUUUUUGCACCUUAUGUUUUAUCUAGAGUCUGACAAAAAGUGUUUAUUCAAAAGGCUGUUACAGUAGGCCAACUGGAUAUACGUUCUUAUUGUUUACAUUGUGUCAGUGUAUAUUGUUACUGUAACAAAGUAUAUUUAUAUGAAGUGAACAGUAUUUUUAGUCCUACUAGGACUUUAUGUUGAAGUGUUUACUGUUGUACAGGCACUGGGGAUUUGCGAAUGGUGUCUUUUCUGCCAGUGGGUCUUCUCUGGUCAUUUAUGGUGACUUUUAUCUCCCAUAUUAUUGUAUGGGAUUAUGAUAAAGACCGAAAGAUCAUUACUUUCAUUACAGAAAGAUCAUGAAUACAUUUAGUGAAACAACAUGUGCUUCUUAUUGUGUUUUGAACCAAAACAUCCUUGUAGUACUUAAUUUUAUAAACUAGAGAUUAUAUUAGAAAACUGCUAUAUAUAUAGCCUAUAUAUUGUGAAAUUUUGUCAGUUGUUUUCUAUUUUUAAAACGAUAUUGUAUAUUUUUGUCAAUAUAUGAAUGUAUUUAUUUACAAGUGAGAGGAAGUGUUUCAUUGUUGACCGGUCAUUAACUUGACCUUUAUUUUUUUUAUUUUGGUGAUUAACUGUGAUUAACUGUUGCCUUUAUAAUUCGAAGCAUUAAUAGCAUCUCAAAGCUUUAAUUUUAGAUAAUUAGAUAACAGUUUAUGCAGUUUUUGUAAAAACAUUGCAAAACAAAUGUUUUAUCUUUAUGAAAAGGUGUAGGGAUUGUGAUAUUUUACUAUUCUAAAGUGGCACUUGCAUUUGGGGGGGUAUGUUAUUAUGACAUGAGGAUUGAACAAGAAUGAUGUACAUUUAUGACUAUACAGCACUAGACAGAGUUGUUGUACCAUAUAUUUUAAGUCAUUACUUACAGAAUUACACCAUUUUACAGUUAAUGUUUAUACAAUGUUGCUGUUUAAUUUUGAUGGCCGUUACUCUUUCAGUGGAUUAAAAAUACAUCUGUUACAAGGUAUGAGUCAGAAGUGUUAACUUUUAAAAGAGAGUCGACCCUCAUGUUGUAUAAUACAUCGACUUUAUUUUACAAGUGAUUUUAUAUCUUAGAAGUUUUGUUUACUGAAAAAACAAAUUACUGUAUUGUAAGAUUAAUUGUGAAUUUUUUUCUUUUUAUUUCCUUUGUAAAUAGCAUACUAAAUGUGCCUUUAUUAUUUACUAUUUUGUUAUCAAUAAAUAUGGGCCUUUAAAAAAACGUCCUAAAGGUG